UGUAAAUACAGGGAGGUGCGGGAGGGUUGGCCGGUUCCCGCGCUUUCAUUAUAUGCAUGUUUAGAACACCUUAUAUCAUUGUAAACUAAGGUUUUUCAAUGGAUGCAUGCCUUCCAGUUAUUGCGUCAAAGUACGGGGGAAAUUUUCCAUAUUUCCGUCAGCCAGUUAAAGUGGGAGAGUUUUCGUUGGAUGACACAAGACAGUUUCACCAUGACAGCUCCCGCCAGAAAUACAUGAGCUGGCCAUCAAAUAAGUCUCUGGACAGUGGUGAAAGCACUGGUGUUUACUUUGAUCUUAACUUGCUGAUUGACAAAGCUGUUAAGAAGGAUGAUUCACAGUUGGAUGAAAGGCUAGAUAACUUGCUUAAAUGGAUUGUGAGAAACCAGAGUAAGUUUCAGGUGAAAGGAUACAAAGGAGAGCUCAACAGCCUCUCAACAAAUUUUGUUUGCUACCGAGGGCUGAUGACAAAGCUUAUGGUGACACCCUACGAGAAUCGGGAACCGUGGAUCAUAUGUGCCUCAAAAUGGAGGGACACUAUCUACUUGUGUGCCUUUGACACAGAAGAGAAACAGGCGGAGCGGCAGCGUGAGACUGACAGGCAGCGUACCAUGACCAGCUGGGGUUACAAGUUUGAGCAGUUUAUGAUGGCUGACGCGGCUGACAGCGAGGCGAACCCGCACGUGCCGGUGCUGGAGGGGGAGGAGUUCUGCUGCGUCCUCCGGUCUCGGCUGGGGUCGCACUCGCUCGUAUAUGGGGCAGAGGUGGAUGGCCUGGACCCACACCAUACUGGCGACCCUUCCACGAUGGCACGUUUCGUCGAACUAAAGACGUCGCGCGAGGUGGACAACCAGAGGCAACGCAACACUCUCCGAAGGUUCAAGAUGCUCAAGUGGUGGGCCCAGUCCUUCCUCGUGGGCAUCGAGCGGGUGGUGGUCGGCUUCCGCGACGAUGACGGCGUUGUGCACCGGCUGCACGCUUACAGCACGAGACAGCUGCCCAAGGACCAGGAUUUCUGGUCGCCGGCCGUGUGCAUGAACUUCGCCGACGCACUGCUGAGCUUCGUGGCGCGUCACGUGACCGGCGACGACCCGCGCGCCGUCUGGCGGCUGGACUUCCGGCCCGCCGAGCGGCGGGUCACGUGCACGCCGCUGGGCCGCAGCCAGCGCUUCCGCCUGCUGCCGGACUGGUACACGGAGCAGAUGUUCCCGCGGGAGCUGGUCACGUGACCGGGCGCGCCGAGCAGACGUGCCGAAGAGGUCCGGUCAUGUGACCUAGUGCUGUCGAUCCGGUGGGGUUGUGCCGCGUGGCGGGGCCCAUUGCGCCGCACAAUGCGCUGAUUGUGUUACCCAGUGGCUCUGGCCUAGCUGAGCUCGUCACUGACAGCUGCGAGACUGGUGAUGACGUCACCGUUCACCCAGCUCUACCGAGCCAGUCACCGGGCAGUUUGAUGGGCGGAUGGCGUCAAUCCUGCGACGUCAUCGUCGCCUGGUUUGGUGCUCGUCCCGCCCUGCGUGGGACGAGGGUGGACGGCCGGCACCGCCAGCCCUACCGAGCCAAUCACUGGGCAGUUUGAUGGACGGAUGACGUCAAUCCUGCGACGUCAUCGUCGCCUAGUUUGGCGCUUAUCCCGCCCUACGCGGGACGAGGGGGGAAUGCCGGCACCGCGGUGGGAGGAACUGGGCGCCAAGUUCGUCAACGCUCGUGUUACGUACGACCUUUCCGCGUGGUCUCUAGCAGCGCAGGACUGCGAACCGCUUCCACUGCGGCCAUGUCGCGUUUCCAUGCUUCUUUUUUCGGAUGAAUCCCAUGAGGUAUAUUUUUAUAAGCUGUCCUCGACAGCCCUCUAUUUUAUUCUGAGUGUGUGGGCAUGACGCCCACCUCUGGGUGUUUUUGCCUUCUCGCAGCUCGGUGCUCACUGUGACGGGACCAAAUGCAAGCAAAUCCCAGUGGAUGGUUUAUGAUUUAUGAUGGCUUGU